UUAAAUAAUUAGUAAUUAAUCUUUAACGUCGUGUCGUGUCGGAAGCGAUUCCCGUUCUUUUCCACCCCUUCUGCGUCGCUUCAUUCUCCUGUUCUCUCUGUUUCGGAGGCUUCGAGGUGACCCCUCUCUCUCUCUCUCUCUCUCUCUGCGGUGGAGGCUUCGAGGUGACAUCUUCGUGGGAUCUGGACCUUUGGAUCGAGAUCGGGCGGACAUGGCCGAGGACGAGGAGUUCGCGAAGGCCGUCGAGGAGGGGCUGAAGCUGGCGAAGCGAGUCUACGCCGGGAAGGACCGGCAGUUAGCCGCGCCACCGCUUCCGGCUGCGAAGAUGGAGCGGACGCCGGAGUCGCUCCUUCCUGGGGCGCCGAUGGUGUACGCCGUGAUCUCCGACCCGGCGAUCGUCGACAACCCGGACAUACCCAGCUACCAGCCGCAUGUGCACGGGCGGUGCAACCCGCCGGCGCUGAUCCCGCUCCAAAUGGGGGAGAUCGGACUGGAGGUGGACUGCCUCCUGGGCACGGCCUUCGUCGCCGUCCGCGGCCGGUGGAAGGUCCACUGCGUGAUGCGGCACAAGAGCUGCGACUGCCGGCUGGUGGUUCCUGUUGGCGAGCAGGGUUCAAUUCUAGGUGUUGAGGUUGAGGUUGGUGGAAGAUCAUACUAUACCCAGGUGAUUGAACUAGAAGAUCACAACAUGGAGAACACAGCUAAAAGUGAAGGUGGUGGCUUCCUAAAGCCCCAAAUGUUUUUCUUAACAAUUCCCCAGGUCAAUGGUGGAGCGGACAUUUCCAUCAGAAUUAGAUGGUCUCAGAAGUUAAUUUAUAAGGAUGGCCAGUUCUUUGUUACUGUACCUUUCAAUUUUCCAAAAUAUAUCACUCCAUUUGCAAAGAUUUUCUUAAAGAAGGAAAAGAUUUACUUAAAUGUGAAUCCUGGUACUGGAAAGGAGAUAAUGUUACACACAACAAGCCAUCCUCUGAAGGAAAAAAAUCGCCAAGCAGGGAAGUUGACUUUUUUGUGUGAAGCUGAUGUUGAAAGUUGGUCAAAUAAAGAUUUUGAUUUUUCAUUUAGUAUUUAUUCAAAUAAUUUGUUUGGUGGCAUACUCUUAAAAUCUGCAACAACAAAUGAUGGUGAUGAAAGAGAUAUGUUCAGCCUUUAUCUUUUUCCAGGAAGUAACCAGAAAAGAAAGGUUUUCAAAAAUGAAGUUGUCUUUGUCGUUGACAUAAGUGGAAGCAUGCAAGGGAAGCCUAUCGAGAAUGUUAAGAGUGCAUUAUCAACAUCACUGUUGGAGCUUAGACCAGGAGACUACUUUGAUAUAAUAGCUUUUAAUGAUGAGUUGCACUCAUUCUCAUCCUGUAUGGAGCCUGCAACUGAGGACGUGGUAGAAAAUGCUAUUAAUUGGAUGAACAAAUUUUUUGUUGCUGAGGGUGGGACAGACAUUAUGCUCCCCUUAAAUGAGGCAAUAUGUUUACUAUCAAGUAUGAAAAAUUCAAUUCCUCACAUUUUUCUUGUAACUGAUGGAGCUGUUGAAGACGAGCGCAACAUAUGUCAUACUGUUAGAACACAUCUGGCAAAUAGGGACUCCAUUGCUCCUAGAAUUUCAACUUUUGGUAUAGGUACUUAUUGCAACCAUUACUUCUUGAAAAUGUUGGCAUCAAUAGGAAAGGGGCAGUAUGAUGCUGCAUAUGAUUCAGAUGCGAUCGGAAAGCAUAUGCUAAGAUGGUUUCGUAGAGCUUCGUCCACCAUACUUGCAAAUAUCACUGUUGACUUCUUCAGUGAUAUUGAUGAAUUUGAGGUAUAUCCUAUCCAUAUUCCAGAUCUUUCUGCUGAAAGUCCAUUGAUUAUAUCAGGUAGAUGUUAUGGCAAGUUUCCAGAGACCCUUAAAGCUAAGGGAAUCUUGGCUGACAUGAGUUAUGCUGAUAUUGACUUGAAGGUGCAAGACACAAAAGAUUUAUCUCUUGAGAAAGCUUUGGCUAAGCAGCAUAUUGAUCUUCUUACAUCUCAGGCAUGGUUUUCUGAGAGCAAACAACUUGAGGAGAAGGUGAUUAAAUUGAGCAUACAGAGUAGCAUCCCGUCGGAGUAUACAUGUAUGGUCUUACUUCAAACUGAAACAGAGAAACAGGAGGCCGUAAAAAAGGUUAAGAAAAGAGAAUCUCGAAAGCAUUCUGGUCCAGAUGAUAACUUGUCGAUUUCAGUGCGCAGCAUGGUUAACGGAUUUGGAAAUGUAAUUGCAACCAAGGAAAAUCGCCCUACGGGGUUUGCAGAGGCUAAGGAACACGAGACCUUUGAAAUCUACCACAAGGCUGUUGGCUGCUGCAACAGGAUAGCCUGCUGCUGCUGUUGCCCAUGCUGCAUAAAGACUUGUUCUAAGCUGAAUGAUCAGUUAGUGAUUGCAAUGGCACAGCUCUGCACAGCUCUAUCAUGCCUUGCCUGCUCAGAGUGCUGCACCGAGUGCUCCAAUUAGUUAGAUUCCUCUCUCGUCUCACUCUUGUACAUUAAUUAUGCGAAUCGUUCGCUUUGUGUUGCCAGUGAGUUGUACAGUGCCUUGUA